AGCGAGAUGAUGUUUGAUCUCCACAGAGGUUUCAAAGAUGCAAAAGCGGCUUUGCUCCUGUUUGCAUCUGUUCCUCCCUUCUCAUCCAUGAUGCUUCCCAGGUAUUUGAACGUGUUUACAAAAUCUAUUUUGUAGUUAUUUACAUGUAGGGGUGAGGCAGAGGCCUACGUAAACAUAAACCGUGAUGAUCCAGAAUGGGGUGUAAUUCUCUUUUGGUAGUGGCUUCAUCAGAAAUAUAGCUAUAGCCUGUCCUAUUUGAAGCUGCCACCUUUGCAGACUAACCAUGCACAAUACCAGUAAGUCCUGAAAAAGGGAAAGUUCAAAAUAAGUACCAUUUGUAAAGCAAAAGCGACGAAACUGACAGCAUACAGUCUUCGUAAGACUCUAUGGAGACUGCUCAGUGGCGUUCUUUAACUUUCUUUAGCUGUUGGAGGCUUUCUAUAUUUCUUCUCAAUGACUUUACAGAGCUUGUCGUAUUGUUUAGACGUACCGCUUGGCAAUGAAUGCAUUUCUAGUAACCUCCUUUGAAUCCGUUAUUUGGCUUGGCUCGCAACGCUGCAUUUCUGGCUAGAGGCGAUACGUGACAAGCCGAGUUAGCUUCAGUCACGAUCAAUAGCGUAUCACUCUUGAGGUUUUGGUUACUUAUCAGAUUUCGGUGAACCAUGUAAACCGUUCGUCUAGGGAGCUGCUUUCUAAUUUCCUGGUCACCUUACGGUCCCCUUUCAAAGAAUUCUUCGAUGUUUUAAGACUGGUGGUCGAGAAUAUAAUACUAUAUAGGUAUGACUGAGUGUGUGGCACAUUUUUGGAUCGCUACUUUUGCUACUUUGACGUUUGCAGUGUCGGUCUCUCCACGUCAGGUGACAUUAGUAAACGAACCACAGACAGUUAGCGGAUGGCAUUGGGAAAGGAAAAAAACUCCAGGAACGCGAGGGUGGAUGAGGAACACUAACCCUACACGAUAUGUAGCAUGUGAUGUCAACUUACCACUGUCAAGUCCCCAACCAGACAAUUGGUUGAUAAGUGAUCAAAUCUCAAUCAGGAAUGCAAGCAGGAUCGAUAUCACUGUCGACUACUUCAUCAGAAGUUGCUCUACCUUCCCGAAUAAUGGAGGAUCAUACUGCGAUGAUGCUUUUGACUUGUUCGUUAACCACUCAGACCAGCUUAUUGCAGAUAAGUCUCAAUACCCUGACCCUCACGGUAACAGAAUAGCGUAUGAAAAAGCAGCAGUAAUUAGACAGGCUACUUAUAAGAGAUUUUCCGAAACAAUAAACUUCCUUCCUAAGGGAAAGUAUGUUAUUUUAGCUUUCCAUAAUUAUGGAGCCUGUAGUACUCUGCUUUCUGUCAAAGUCACUUACAACGUUUGCCCUUAUGAACCGCUCAAUAACCGUUUGGUGUUCCUACCAAGGACUGUAGCUCCAGCAAAUGAGUCCAACUCCAUUCAAGUUCAGGGAAGCUGUAUCAAAGAUACAGUUCAAGUAUCAGGCAGUUUGUACGUUCACUGUGAAAGUAAUGGCGUGUGGAACACCACUGGACUUGAGGGAAAAUGUAUUUGUAAAGAAGACAUGCAUAACGAUAAUGGGGGGAUAUGCGAAGUUUGUCCAGGUGGUACAUAUAAUGACGAGAGGGGACUUAAUUGCACAAUUUUACCAUCAGCCCCAAGGCAUGUCACUGUAACCUUUGUUAACCAGAGUGCUGUAGAGAUAAGAUGGCUGCCUCCUGUCAUAACUGGUGAUCAGACACGUGUGUAUUAUGACGUCAGUUGUCGUAAGGCAUGUGACAGCAAUAAUACGUGUCUCGAGGGGUACUGUGAGAGAGAUGUCAGUUACAUACCAAAUAAGGAAGGUUUAAACGUGACUCAAGUGAUUGUGGCAGAUCUUUCUCCAUUUGGUUAUUACAGCUUUAAAAUCUACGCUAAGAACAGAGUGAGUGAGGUGGCUGAAAGAAGACAUAAGGUUGAAGGAAGCUUCAUUGCAAUCGUCAUAAGGACCACUGGAUCAUUUCCAGCUGCUACAACAAUUCCGACAACUGAAGCAGACUCCAAGACUACAAUGUACCUAAACAUUGUUUACGGAUUUGCCGGAAUUGUCGGGUUAUUGAUAGUUUUGAUCGUUUCUUUCGCCUGCUACAAAAUCUUCAAAAGACAUAGGCGGUGCAGGCGUCAAGAGGAAGUAAAACAAAACAAACUGCCCGUAACAAGGGAAUCAGGAGUUAGAGUGUACGAUGAUGUUACGAUAUUGUCAAUGGCUGCAUACCAAAAAGUCGAUGACAUCUGUAAUAGUUUUAAUCUCGACCGUGACCAAAUAACGUUAGUGAAACUUCUUGGGACUGGGAACUUUGGUCAAGUAGUGCUUCAAUUUACUAUAGAAUAA